AUGUCUGGUCCUUUGAAUAGAACAUCGCUUGAGCUCUACCGUGACUGCAUGAGGUUGGUUCGACACCUUGCACCAGGUCAUUCACCGAAGGGAACCGCCCUGAGACAGAUGGUCCGAUCCCAAUUCCAAGCAAACCGUUAUGAGAAGGAUCCCACCAUUAUUGAGGCCAAGAAGGCUGAUGCUGUCCGAGCACUUUCGAAUUACAUGCUGUAUCAAUCGGCUCAAAAGGAUACUCAGCUGCAGAAUGCAAUGAAGGACCAAGUAAAGAACAUAAAAAAAGAGAACGAAGACGAGGAUAAGCGAUAA